AUGAUGAUGUUCUUAAGCACGGCUAUUCUUAGCAGCGGUUACGCAACAACGUUUUACUUGGCUGAGUACGAAUGGUCUCAUAGGAUCCAGGGGGUGCGCGAGUACCUCCAUGCUGGAGCUAAGAUGGAGACAGAGGGGGCCACGCAAGAAGGUAAUACUUCCCAAUCAGAAGAUGAGGCACAUGGGGAAUCGAAGAGCGCUUCACCCCGAAAGCCACAAUCACAUGGGGACAUGAUAAGGACCGCUCUGGAUACGUUCAAGGAUUUCACGACCAUGCGGAAGUGGAGCGCCAACGCCUUGUGGGGCUCCUUCGCCUCCAUAGUGUUGGCGGCAAUUUCCAAGUGCGCCCACCGGAGCGCCGCUAAAAGUGAGGACUGGAUACUCCCUUGUUGGCAGAGCGCGAUAUUCUUCGGUACGUAUUGCUUGUUCACGGGGUCCCUAUACGUGGCGGGCUUCAAGUCCGACGACGUGAAGGUGUACGUGGUGGCAUCAGGGGUUGGACUGGCCAUUAGCUCCAGCGUGGCUUGUUUUCACGACCCCGGUUUUGAUAUGCCCCGAUUCGUUUGCACGUCCGUCAUGCUAAUCGGUCUCCUCGCCAUCGCAAACACAGUGAGAUUGUUCCGCGGUCAUUUCGCGCCCUUGGUCGAGCAUUCGCCUUUCGAAGCCUGA